UCAGGUGAACAUCUGCCAACGUGUAGUAACCAACCAGCAAAAAUCCCCUGGCUGUUCAAUUGCUUAACUUUUUAUUUUCACCAUCAUGUCCCGGCUAACUAAAGUAAGAAACAGCACAGCAUUCGUCGUUUGUUUGUUUUUGAUUCAACUGUUCGUCUGCAACGCCGGUCCAACUCGUUCAUCCAGUUCGAUUGCGGAGAAGUUACGGACCCUGGCCAAUAUCCGGCGAACCACUCGCAACGACCCAUAUGCAUUACAAGCUUAUUACCGACCGAAUGAUGCAAAUGAGUUGAAUCAUGCAGCUGAUUCAAACGAGCUUUUCAUUCCAACAACUGAAGUAUUCCUUGCAGUGGAGCCAGAAAUGAACACAGAGUCCACCGGAAUUCACGAUGCAGUCCAUUCAUUCGUUUCACCUGCGGAAGGGCCACACCUUUCGCAUUCAGUUACGACUGAAUAUCCUUCUUUUGCGGAUUUCCAUGACACCGUUCACAGCAUUUCAAACGACAGGGAGUCUGCGCCGGAGAAUCCUUCAGAGUCUCUUUCACCUCCACUUUUAACAACGGCUCCUUCCGAUUCGGUUCAUUUGCCUCUUACGUAUCCGUCUGUCAAUGACACAGCACAACUUCCAUUGGCUGCUUACAUUGGCAUUGGCUCUUUGCCGUUGAUGCCAAUCGAAGCCAUCCCAUUCGUGACGUCAGAAUCACCAGACAAUGCCGUCGUUCCAGAUCAUUUACCAGUAGCUUCACCUGAGCAAGUAAAUAACGUUGGAGUCGUUGCGCUGGAUUGGAUCCAAAAGGAGAACACGACGCCUCCCUCUUACACCGGCUCACCAUUCUCAGUCAAUCAUCCCACGGAUGAUACUGCCGGCACUUCUUACAUUGUUUCCACUGUCCCUACUAAAACUAGUAGCUCGUCCCAUCUUCCAUUCAGAUCUUCUCCGCAGCCGCGUGAACUGGGUUUCCCUCCCGUGAGUAAUACUCACGAUAAUUUCAAUGUUCAAGUCAAUUGGGCUGUAUUCAGGUAGUCUGGCACACAUCCAUUUUUCAUUGUGUAUUUUGUAACAUAGGCUACAGUCAAAUCACUGUGUAUUAACUAGAUUCAUUUGCGUUUAUAGUGAUGAUAUAGCUUUGAAUAAAACCAGUUUGAAACUGAAGCGACAUUCACAGUUUCAAAUAAAAAACAUUAUCAAUCAGCAA